UCCAGACGUGGAAAUUGAGAACGUCAUUAGCAUGAGUUGGAAUUCAGCUUGUGACAUUUUUAGUUAACAAUGUUUUCUAGGUAUUUUAUUACUUUCUUUAGACCAUAAAACAUCAUUUUAACAAGUAUUUCUAAUUCCAAUGUAGAUUUCAUCAGCAGAAAAGUUCCAUACUGGGCCUUUCUUUGCCAAGGAUGUGCAUCAACCGCAGGUGACAGGAUUGAUACGAGUGUAAUGGCGGACUUUGUGACAUUGUGGGCGGAAAUAAAGUCGUCAUUUGAUGAAGAGGUUACCAUGCGACCUUGUUGGACAGGUGUUCUGCUAGCCUUGGUUUCCAUGGCAACCCCAACACUUAGCCAAAGCGGAGAUGGCGAUUACGGUUCAGGCUACGAGGCGUAUUCUCCCGUAAAAGCUGCCGCCGACGAGCCCGCCAAGGCGACGCCCAAUCCCACCUUAGUCUCCCGCUCGCCCGUUCUCAAGGACACCUGCUCGGUCCGCUUCAGCACCCGAGGUGUCUCGGCCCGGGUUCUGAAGGCUCAGCAAGAAGAGGUGGCCUACCUGCAAGCCAUCCAGCAUGCUAACAAAGCGGUGGUGGAGAAUUUGGUGCAAUACGUCGGGGCAGAGAUGGGGGAUCAGAACUAUGAGGAGGUGAUCCGCUCUAAUGUUGACGGAAUCCGGGAGGACUACAAGACUUGCCAGGAAGUGGUGGAAAAAGCUGAGGAGGAUUUGGAGAAACAACUUCAAGGAGGGGUUCUGGACACACUUGCAGGGAUGCAAAAAAUCAGAGAAGAGUCCGCGUCCUUCGCGGACAUGCUGCGGGCGACGUCGGAUAUCGCCGGGCGACUGGAGAGCUCGUCGCAAACCCUCCUCGCUACCUUCAAACAGCUGAGCGAGGCGGUCAAAAUCCGGAGCUGAUACUCCAAAAAUUCCAAAGAACUGCAAAACCAAGAGCAUAUCGGCGGGCCUAAUGCAAUAGUUUCCAUCCAUACGUUAUUGCGGCAAUUAGGAAAGGACACAUAUGGGAACGUUACAGUGACUCAGGUGUUUACGAGUCAGCCUUUAGACGUAAUGAUGCUAUUAGUCUCCGGGGAAAUGCCAAGAUGGGUUAGCCAUCUGCUUCCAAACUUGCAAUGGACACACCUCUGUGAUGAACAAUUUCAGUGCCACUGAUGGCGAUGGACGUCGUCAGUGGCAGCUAAGUUCAACUAUAACCAAAGAAAAGAAUUGACUCUCACCCGGAACAAAAAGCUUGAUUGUAACUUUUAAAACAUGGGAGGUUUUUCCAAAAUUCAGCCAUUUCUUAUAGAAAAUGUGAGCAACAAACUGAGUUGACCUUGUUUUUAAAGGGCGUUUUGCCGCCAUCUUCUUUUUUUGGUUUUUAAUGACAUACGAUCGCUUCGACACACGAUCUUUUCGACAUCCGACGUAAAAUUCGACUCGCCAUUUGUUUCUACAUCCGACGACAUGCUCUAAAUACGAUGACUUAUGACAGUGCUGCAGUUUGUUUUCCCGCAAGACGGAUGCACGGCGGAGUUUUUUUUUGCGAGAGAAAUCAACAUGGGUUCCAACAAUGUUAGUGCAGGUAGU